AUGCACAGACAACACAAGCAUUCUUAUGAAAGCAGUAAGACCGUGCGGUUCAAAGGCAGCGGUAGUGAUAAUAUAGUGAAAAUCUUCGACACCGAUAAAUUUAUUACUUUCAUUCAGGAGAAGCCAGCACUUUGGGAUAAAAGUGACAAGAAAGCUCGAGAAAAAGCGUGGAUAGAAGUUGGCGAAAACUUUUAUGACGAUUGGGCAGAAUUGGAUGCUAUUGAAAGGCACGAAAAAGGGAAAGAAAUGAAAAAUAAGUGGCGCAAUAUAAGAGAUAAUUUUUUGAAAAGCCUGAGCAGAGGAAAGAGUGGCGAUCCAGCAGCCAAAACAAGGAAAUACGCGUCUGCCGAUUCUCUUCAUUUUCUCUUUAAUACUGUUGAGAAACGCAGCCCAUCAGGCAACAUUGAAGUCACAGAAGACCAUGAGACCGGAGCAGCAUUAGAAGACUUGAUUGUUGGGGAGGAAGUUCAACCAGCAUCAACCAGUUCUGGUAGAACAUUGCCAACGGCAGCACGGCCUGCAUCUCGUCAACAACAUUUUACACCAUUCCAGAGUGCACUUAUUCAAACAUUAGAUGAUACCAAUACCGACCUAGAAAACGAAGACCCUGAUAGAAUGUAUAUAUUAUCGCUUCUGUCAGACUUCAAAAAAUUAAAGGAUGAAGAAAAAUUGAUUUUAAAUUUGUGA